AUGAGCCCUCCUGCUGCCCUGUCCCCCCCUCAGCACGCCGCCGUGCCCGUGUCCAAGGUGUCCAACGGCAACGGCCACGCCGUCGCCAAGCCCGGCUUCCCCGACACCAGCGGCGUCGCCAUUGACGACAUGCUGGGACAGUGGGACAACUUUCAGUUUGCGCCCAUCCGCGAGUCGCAGGUCUCGCGGGCCAUGACGCGCCGCUACUUCCAGGACCUCGACACGUACGCCGAGUCGGACAUUGUCAUCAUCGGCGCCGGCUCCUGCGGCCUGUCCGCCGCCUACGUGCUCGGCAAGAAGCGGCCCGACCUCAAGAUUGCCAUCAUCGAGGCGUCGGUGAGCCCCGGCGGCGGCGCCUGGCUCGGCGGCCAGCUCUUCUCCGCCAUGGUGAUGCGCAAGCCCGCCGACGUCUUCCUGCGCGAGGUCGGCGUGCCCUAUGAGGACGAGGGCGCCUACGUCGUCGUGCGCCACGCGGCGCUCUUCACCUCGACCAUCAUGUCCAAGGUGCUGCAGAUGCCCAACAUUAAGCUCUUCAACGCCACCUGCGUCGAGGACCUCAUCACGCGCGCCGGCCGCGACGGCGACGAGGGCGUCCGCAUCGCCGGCGUCGUGACCAAUUGGACGCUCGUCUCCAUGCACCACGACAACCAGUCCUGCAUGGACCCCAACACCAUCAACGCGCCCCUCAUCAUCUCCACCACCGGCCACGACGGGCCCAUGGGCGCCUUUUGCGUCAAGCGCCUCGUCAGCAUGCAGCGCAUCGAGAAGCUCGGCGGUAUGCGCGGCCUCGACAUGAACACGGCCGAGGACGCCAUCGUCAAGGGCACCCGCGAAAUUGUGCCCGGCUUGAUUGUCGGCGGCAUGGAACUAUCCGAGGUUGACGGCGCCAAUCGCAUGGGUCCUACUUUUGGUGCCAUGGCCCUCUCUGGCCUCAAGGCUGCUGAAGAGGCUCUCAAGGUCUUUGACAUCCGCAAGAAGGAAAACGAGCUCUAA